AUGUCUAGAAUUUGUUGUGAUUGGUCCAAGCUUUGCCCUGAUGUUUUGGGAUCGAUCCUCGAACGUUUAAGCACUAAAGAUUUUCAUCGAGCGAGAUCCGUCUGCUCAAACUGGUAUUCCGUUUCCGUUUCAAGAACAAGUAUGCGACAACUGUAUCCAUGGCGAAUUCUAUUCAACAAGGAGAAUUCUACUCUGUUGUUCGAUCCCGGAGAAGAAAAGACUCACGAAAUACAGCAUCAUCCCGAAAUCGACUUCUCGAAAAAAUAUGUUAUGGAUAGUUGCAGCAACUGGCUCUUGCUGGUUGAUUCUACUCUAGAGUUCUUUCUUUUGAAUGUGUUUACUGGCGAGAGGAUCAAUCUUCCAUCUAUGGAGUCAUUUAUUCGUGGUAAAGAAGAUGGAAAAGAAGAGUGGGUAGAUUACAUCCAGCAUGCUAACGUAUCCAUCUUCAGCAAAUCAUCAGUUGCUGCUGUUCUGUGGAUGGACGAGAGAACAGGUGAUUAUGUUGUAGCUUGGUGUUACAAGCAGCAUUACUUGUUCUCAUACAAGAAAGGAGAUGAUUCUUGGUGUAAUCUUGGCUCGCAUAAGUGUGUAUCUAUGGCGUAUAAGAAGAGUAAGCUCUAUGUGUUUACAUCUGAACAUUACAUCAAGAUUCUUGAUUUAUCUGGAGAUUACCCUAAUGAGAUCAUUGAAGGUAACCCGUAUCGUAAUCAUCGUUUCGAAUUUGUACUGCAACCUGGAGAAUUCAUUUGGAUGAAGAAAGUAGCGAUUACGAACUCAGGAGAGGUUUUGAUCGUUGUGUAA